UUCUCCGGACGCGUGCAGGCCGCCUUUUGCUCGAAGAGCACGAUGCACACCAGCUUCAUACCCCUUGGCCGGGAACGCACGAGCCUUGGGUCAUAGACAGUGCCCCUUCCCUGUGGCAGUGCCUUUCACCACGCCUGCGUGACCACCACGCUCCGGGCCACCCGAUGUUGCGCUUCGCGCCCCACGGUGCGCGGCGCCCCCACGAUGCGCGACGCUUUCCUGUCUGGAUCCGUUUACUCACCGACUCUGCCGUGUCUCCGAGGAGCCGACGAAAGCAGCGCUAGUUGCGCAGUUCGCAGCUCCACAGGGAGCUGCGCAGGAGGAGGCAGGAGGAAGAGGAGGAGAGGAGAGGAGAUGAGGAGGGGGAGGAGGACGGAGGGGGCGGGAUUGGGCAAGUUCGUUCAGUCGGGAGGUGAAUCGCCCCCUCGCUGACAAAUACCCCGCGCAGAGACCGCUCAUCCUCGCCAUGCGUUUUGGCUGCAGCGCUGAGCACGCCGCCCUUGGAGGCAAGACGGCCCGGGGCCAGCCCCGGCAGGCGCCGGCCCGCGGUCACUGCGGCCGCAGGGCGCCCAAGAACCGAAAGGAAGGGGGAGGGCAAUCCGAUGCUCAGCUGGGAUCAAGUGGCUCCAGCAAAGGGCGGGUCAACGGCUCCGCGCCUGGCGCGAGGGCCUCUCGCGCCCUCUCGCGCCCUGGAGAGCAGAGCGGCUCUGAGCAGGAGGAGGAGGAGGAAGCGGAGGGGGCGCAGAUAAGAAAUAGGGAGGUAGAGAUAGAACGAGAGAGGUUCAACAUUCGGAGUCUAAAAAGUCCGACAAUGGACAAGCAGACACCCCUCGCUCUCUGGACGUCUAGCACUCGCGCGCACAUUCACGUGCAGGCAGCUUGAUUAGGAAUAGCUAUUAGGCAAGGGUGGAUCGUUUGCCACCCUGCCGGAUGGCCAAGGUCGGGAGCUUCCGCCAUUGUGGCCUGAGGUAGUGGGCAGGGAAAGGAGUCGAGGGAGAGCAAGGUAGCC